AUGUCACAGAGAGGCAAAAACAAAACCCUCAGAACGGAGAAAGCCUCCUUCUUCCUAGCGAGGGCUCCGCCGGGGAAAGGAAGGCCCUAUCCAAGAUGGCGGCGAGCACCGCUCGGACGAAACCACAUCCUCCCUUCCACCUUCCCCGAGCUCACCCUCAUGGCCACAGGUAUGAGAACCCUGAUGGCAGAACUGUCUGACAAGCUUCAAGCAAGCAUUACAGCACAGAUCCACACACUCACCAUGGACCUCCGCAAAGAACUCCUGGAAAUAGGGAGCAGGACGGCCCACGUGGAGAAAUCGCUAGACGACUUCGCAGUGGCACACAAUAGCCUGGCGGACAAAUUACAGGAGCUGGAAACCUCCCUAGAAGCACAAAAACGCAAGGUAGCAGACCAGGAGGAUAGAUCCAGGAGGAACAACCUCCGUUUCAGGGGAAUACUGGAAUCCGUUCAGAAUACAGAACUGAACAAGUAUCUGACCGACCUGUUCCAGGAAUUAACUCCAUCUAUGCAUCCUGACCUCCUGGUAAUCAACAGAGCCCACCGCCUGUGCAGGCCAAACCACCUACCCACCACAACCGCAAGGGAUGUUAUAGCCCGCAUUCACUUCUACCAUGUGAAAGAGCUCAUCACAAAGGCCUGCAGAAAUGCAGCCCUUCCCGAGCCAUAUAUUUCAGCAUCAAAAUCUUUGCGGAUCUAUCUGCCACCAUGCUGCAAUUCAGAAAAACGCUGGCCAGAGUUACUACCACCCUCAAAUCCAACGACAUAG